GGCGCCCAAAACUUGCUUCUCCGCGCUCGCCGCUGCCUUCCAAGCCAGGCGGAUCAUGGCGCUGCGCCGACCGGGGACCUUGCAGGGCUCCGGGGACGAGGCCGGGCAGCGUCUCCCCUUGCGGGCCAGGCUGGUCCUUCCGCUGUUGCUGCUGCUGUUCAGCCGAGUCGGCGCCGGCGCCGGCGCCUCCCCCGAGCGGCGGGGCCCCGUGGUGUUCGGCAUGCGGCUGGAGGGCACCGACCGGCCGCUGUUCGAGCUGGAUGAAGCGGAGGAAGCGGGCGUGCUGCAGGUGGAAGAAGGCGCCAACAUCGUGUUACGCCUCUACGGUCUGGGCUUGAGCCCCCGCGCCUACCAGGGGAUCUAUUUCGCCGAGGUGGGCAUGCCUGGCACCGCUACCACCACCAAUGCCACCUGGGCCAGGGGUGCCAAUGCCACCUGCCCGGAGAAGACCCAGGACCUGGUGGUGCAUGCCCACGCCGGCCUCAGCCGCUCCACCUCGGCCCUGGUGGGCGUGAAAGUGCAGCGGCUGCGCAAGGCCGAACGCUCCAAGCUCUAUGUGCUGUGCACGCGGAGCGAUCCCGCGCAGCCCUGGCUGCGCCUGGAGGGUGAGGAUGCCUUCCUGCGGGUGGUGGAGGAGAAGCAGCACCUGCUCCCUCUCUGGCUGCAGAUCCUGCUGCUGUUGGCCCUGCUGGUGCUCUCUGGCAUGUUCAGCGGGCUGAACCUGGGCCUGAUGGCGCUGGACCCCAUGGAGCUGCGCAUUGUGCAGAACUGCGGCAGUGAGAAGGAGAAGCGUUACGCCCGCAAGAUCGAGCCCAUCCGGCGCAAGGGCAACUACCUGCUGUGCUCCCUCCUGCUGGGCAACGUCUUCGUCAACACCACCCUCACCAUCCUCCUGGAUGACUUGAUUGGGUCGGGCUUGGUGGCCGUCAUUGUAUCCACCUCGGGCAUCGUGGUCUUUGGGGAGAUCGUGCCCCAGGCGCUCUGCUCCCGCCAUGGUUUGGCCGUGGGGGCCAACACCAUCAUUCUCACCAAGUUCUUCAUGUUCUUGACCUUCCCCAUCUCCUACCCGGUCAGCAAGAUCCUUGACUUUCUCUUGGGUCAAGAAAUCGGCACCGUCUACAACCGGGAGAAGCUGGUAGAGAUGCUGAAGAUCACAGAGCCUUACAACGAUCUGGUCAAGGAGGAGCUGAACAUGAUCCAGGGAGCCCUGGAGCUUCGGACCAAGACGGUGGAGGGCGUCAUGACCCCCAUUCACGACUGCUUCAUGAUCGACAGUGACGCUAUCUUGGAUUUCAAUACCAUGUCUGAAAUCAUGGAAAGCGGCUACACCCGUAUCCCUGUCUUCGAAGAGGAACGGUCCAACAUUGUGGAUAUCCUCUACAUCAAGGACUUGGCUUUUGUGGACCCCGAUGACUGCACCACCCUCAAGACCAUCACCAAGUUCUACAACCACCCGGUCCUUGUCUUCCACGACACCAAGCUGGACGCCAUGCUGGAGGAAUUCAAGAAGGGUAAAUCACACCUGGCUAUUGUUCAGAAGGUGAACAAUGAAGGGGAAGGAGACCCCUUCUAUGAAGUUCUGGGAUUGGUAACAUUGGAAGAUGUCAUUGAGGAGAUCAUCAAAUCGGAGAUCCUGGAUGAAUCGGACAUGUACACCGACAACCGCACCAGGAAGCGUGUGAGCCACAAGAAUGACAAGAAAGAUUUCUCCGCCUUCAAAGACAACGACUCGGAGUCCAAAGUGAAGAUUUCUCCGCAGCUGCUACUGGCUGCUCACCGCUUUCUCUCCACUGAGGUGACGCAGUUCACACCUGCUUUUAUUUCGGAAAAAAUCCUGUUGCGCCUUCUCAAGCACCGUGACGUCAUCAAUGAGCUGAAAUUCGACGAGGAGGACAAGAAGUCUCCCCGGCAUUUCCUCUUCAACCGGAACAAACCAGCCGAUUUUUUCAUCCUCAUCCUUCAGGGCAAAGUGGAGGUAGAAGCCGGGAAGGAGAACAUGAAGUUUGAAACUGGACCGUUCUCUUAUUACGGAGUGACGGCUUUGAGUCCAGCUGUCACAACACCGCCGGAUAGAUCCCAGCCCCAGUCCAUUAUACAGAGAGGAUCCUUGCAUUCCAAGCUGUCAGUUUCAGAAAUACGUUCUCCGUCUCACAUGAGUAAUCUGAACCGCUCGGCGUCCCUUUGCUACCAUGAGCGCACCGAGUCCAUCUCUUCCAAUAUCAGUGGCAGCAACAACCAGCUUAAUGUCAUCGCAAGUUCCCAGAACCUCUCGGACUUCAGUGUUCGUGCUCUGACAGAUCUCCAGUAUGUCAAGAUCACGCGCCUCCAGUACCAAAACGGUCUCUUGGCCUCCCGCCUGGAGAGCUGCCCCCAAACCCCCGAUGGGAGCCCCCCCAAAUCGGACCCCUCCUUGCCCGAAAAGGCGGGCACCCGCUCGAACAACGAGAUGAUUGGCCUCUUGAACGAAAGGAACUGCCAGCAUCAAAAGACGAACCACAACCCUUCCGACAACGUGGUCUGACCUCAGCGUUAGGGGCACUUUGGUCCCCCAUGGUCCAGCUGGCCUACUUUUUCCUUUCCAAAGACACGAAGAAGUGCCCACAGAAGAUUCUGAUUGUGCGUCUUAUUAACCUCAGGUAGCCUCUUCCAUCUGCCCUCUCCGGAAACGUUUCCGACUCACCUGCCCUGUGGUUUUUAUUUUUUAUUUUUCCAGCCAGGUGGUCUGGAACUGAGAAGAGAAGCUGGCCUGCCAGCCAGCCGUGUAAAAAGCAGUAGUUCAACCACCUAUUCUAAGGUGACAGGCCCCGUCUUCGUUCUGGGUCCUUCCUUUGCCUGCAUCACAGCGAUUUGGAUUAGCAGGACAAGAAGACUCCCUCUUCUCUGUCCUGGUUUUUAACUCAAUGGAGAGGAAGGCGAGCCUCGGUGCAGCCCAAGGGUACUUCAGAAGACUUGCCUUGUGGGGCCUGCCUUCCCCACCAGAGAAAAGAUGCCCUUCCAAAGGAGCCCUUGGCUACAAAGGUGGCACAGAAGAGAUGCAGGAUGACGGAGAUGCCAGCCACUCUCUCUUGAUAAGACAGACUUCGUUUUUUUCCCAUCUCAGGGAGUUCUGAGACUUUUGUUAUUUGGGAUUAUCUAUUUCAGUGACAGCAAACCUUUUUGGCACCAAGUGCCCAAGCCUGAACGCGCAUGAAUGUGCAUGCAUACGCACGCUGGAGCAUCGCAAACCCGAAGACCAGCUGGCCAGUGCGCACGUGCCAACUUGGGGGGGGGGGCUGUUUUCAGGCUGUUUUUUUUCAGGCCAUUUUUCAGAUUCAUUUUCAGGCUGUUUUUUAGCCACAAACAGCCUGAAACCACCCCCAAAAAUGGCCUGAAAACAGCCUGGAAAAGGGCUUUUUGACUGGUUUUUUGGGCCGUUUUCAAGCCAGGUU